AUGCAGUGCUAUACUGAGCUUACGCCGCCGACGGCUGUCACGCAUGCGCUCACACUCCCCUUCCUUGACGCCCAAGCGAACAAUCUCAUCGUUGGCAAAGGGUCUUUGCUACAGAUAUUCGAGACUACGACCGUGAACCAGUCGCCUGGGCCUUAUCAAAAAGACAGCAACAAUGCUCCAGGCGUAGAUGGCGCAAACGGGCCCGGACCUACCACGAAGCUCGCACUUGUAGCCGAGUUUCCUUUGUCUGGUACAAUAACCUCACUUGCAAGAAUCAAAAUACUUGACUCGAAGUCGGGGGGCGAAGCACUACUGGCCUCGUUCAAAGAUGCGAAGCUCAGUCUCGUAGAGUGGGACCCAGAGACCCAUGGCUUGUCUACAAUUUCCAUUCAUUAUUAUGAGGCGCAAGACUUGCAGACCUGUCCGUGGGCACCGGACCUGGGAGACUGCUACAACUUCUUGACAGCUGACCCUAACAGCCGGUGUGCCGCGCUCAAAUUCGGCGUGCACAAUUUGGCUAUUCUACCUUUUCGCCAAGUCGGAGACGAUCUUAUUGAAGACGAUUAUGACCCAGACAAUGAGGAUGCAGUGGAUGCGCCCGCAGCUAAAUCAAGAACGGCAAACGGUGAUGCCCAGGACAAUGCCUCUCAGACACCAUACAAGUCGUCUUUCGUCUUGCCCCUCACGGCUCUCGACCCUGUCUACACACAGCCUGUUCAUCUGGCGUUCUUGCACGAAUACCGCGAGCCCACUUUUGGUGUCAUUGCUUCCUCAAAGACUUCCGCGGCUUCUCUGCUUGCCGAAAGAAAGGAUAUUCUCGAUUACACGGUUUUCACCCUGGAUCUGGAACAACGAGCGUCUACCAAACUGUUGACGGUCCAGGGCCUGCCAUACGACGUGUCUCGAGUUGCUGCCCUGCCGCUUCCGAUCGGAGGUGCUCUCCUUCUCGGUGGUAAUGAAGUCAUCCAUGUGGAUCAAGCUGGCAAGACGCAUGCAGUUGCGGUCAAUGAAUUCGCCAAGAAGAGCUCAUCAUUCCCAAUGGCCGAUCGUUCUGAACUAGCUCUGCGGCUGGAAGAUUGUACACUCGAGCAGAUAUCAGCCGAAACUGGUGAAAUUCUCCUUGUGCUAAACACUGGCGAGUUCGUCACCAUCGGAUUUCAGCUUGACGGUCGUUCGGUGUCGAGUAUGACCGUGGAAAAGGUACCUGCUGAACGAGGUGGCAGUAUCAUGGUGAGCAGACCGUCCUGUGCGACUAGCAUUGGCCACGGAAAGGUAUUCAUAGGUAGCGAGGAGGGCGACUCGAUUCUAGUUGGCUGGAGUCGCGAAGCCAAAGCUAAAAUCCCGCAAUCAACUAGGAAGAAGUCUCAUGCUGAGCUGCUUGCUGCAGACCCAGAUCUUUCUCUUGACGAUGAUGAUCUAGAAGAGGCCGAGGAUGAUGAUGACCUCUAUAAUGAUGAAGGUGGCGAAGCUAAGCAGACUACCACUUCUGCUGCUGAUUCAGGCCCAUCUGAGGACAUCGUUUUCAGAGUACAUGAUUCGUUGACUGGACUUGGUCUCCUGAGUGAUGUCACUUUGAGCAGUACAGCUGUCAGUGCCGACGAUGCCCUUGAAUUAGUGGUAGCGACAGGGCGCCGAAAAGGGGGAGCCGUAUCCAUACUCAAAAAAGAGAUAGAUGCCGUUGUGACUACGCAACACGUAAUGACUGAUGCACAAGCAAUAUGGUCCAUCUCGGCCAAGAAACAGCCAUCCAUCGAGGCGUCAGAUGCUUCUAUGAAUGGCUCUGACCCAGAGUACGACGACUUGUUGUUCGUAUCAAAAAGUGGUGGCGAGGACGGCGGUAGCACCGUCGUGUAUAGCAUAAGCGGCUCGGAGAUAGCAGAGAUGGCAGAAGGCGACUUUGAACGAGAUAGUGGUAUGACGGUUGAUGUCGGUACGUUGUGCAACCGUACGAAGAUCGUCCAGCUCUUGAAGAGCGAGAUUCGAAGCUAUACCGAACUUGGAUUGGCGCAGAUAUUACCCAUGGAGGACGAAGAAACAGGUGCCGAGAUCCAGAUAGUCAGCUCCAGUUUUGCAGACCCCUAUCUACUGAUUCUACGAGAUGAUGCAAGCGCGGUUGUCUUCAAGGCUGAGCUGGGCGGCGAUAUCGAAGAAGUGGAACAAGGCGACGACUUUCGAUCCUCUAAAUGGCUUUCUGGCUGCAUAUACCAAUCACAAAGCACAAAUGACGAGGCUUUGGUGUUCCUCAUAAACGCUGAAGGAGCUCUGAAGAUUUACACCUUACCGGAUCUCGAAAAGCCUAGUUAUGUCGCCGAGGGAUUCAGUUUUCUUCCCAAAGUAGUCAGCUCCGGGCAUGCGCCUCGACGUACCGCAAACAAGGCGACGAUUACUGAGCUUCUCGUGGCCGAUUUGGGUGAUCCCGUGAGCAAGACACCUCAUUUGAUAGUUCGGACCUCUCUAGAUGACCUUGUCAUAUAUAGCCCAUUCCAUUUUCCUUCAGGAGACGGCACAGAGCCUUUCACGACAAACCUCAGAUGGCUCAAGGCAUCGCAGCCGCAACUUCCGAGGUACUCAGAAGAGGCCGCGGCAGAGUCACUAAAGUCUGCAAAUGCUACCACGUUGAAAGUGUUGCGGAGUGUUGGGGGUUACAGUACAGUCUUCCAAGGGGGCGCCUCGCCCUCGUUCAUCUUGAAAGAAGCCUCAGACUCGCCCAAGGUCAUCCCAUUACGAGGGAAGCCGAUCAAUGCAAUCACCAAGCAUCAUACAUCAACGUGUGAACAAGGGUUUGCUAGCAUCGACAUCGACGGUGUUCUCCGAUUCUCUCAACUGCCGGUUGGAUUCCAGUAUUCGACGCUUGGUUGGGCACACAAAAAACUUCCCAUCGGCCAAGACGUCAGUAAAGUGUGCUAUUAUCCACCAAAAGGAGUGUAUGCUCUCGCAACAAGCAUUAUUGAACCGUUCUCGCUUCCAGAGGACUCAUACCACCAUGAGUGGGCAAGAGAAGACAUCACGUUCCGGCCCGAGACAGAACGGGGCCAGAUCAAACUUCUGCAUCCCGCCAAUUGGUCCAUCAUCGACACCUACGAGCUCGAAGAAAAUGAGGUCAUCAUGUGCAUGGACGUCCUGAAUCUCGAAGUUUCGGAAACCACGCAUGAGCGGCGCGAGCUUCUUGCCGUCGGCACUGCGUAUGUGCGCGGCGAGGACCUAGCUACCAAGGGCUGCGUGUACAUCUUCGAGAUCAUCACCGUCGUGCCCGAGCCCGAUCGUCCGGAGACGAACCGAAAGCUGCGCCUGAUAGUCCAGGAGGAAGUCAAGGGUGCGGUGACGGCACUGUCAGAGAUUGGCGCACAAGGGUUUAUUCUUGUGGCGCAGGGCCAGAAGUGCAUGGUGCGAGGCUUGAAAGAAGACGGGACACUGCUACCAGUGGCGUUCAUGGACAUGCAGUGCUAUGUCACGGUGGCGAAGGCAUUGAAGGGCACGGGGAUGGUGCUGAUGGGCGAUAUUGCCAAGGGGCUGUGGUUCACGGGAUAUACGGAAGAACCAUACAAGAUGAUUUUAUUCGGCAAGACACGCAGCAAGAUGGAGGUCAUGACGGCCGAAUUCCUGCCUCAUGACGGCAACCUGUACAUUGUCAUCGCAGACGCAGACUGCACGUUGCACGUCAUGCAAUACGACCCAGAACAUCCCCAAACAGAGUCCGGCGCCCGUCUCCUGAACAAGAGCACCUUCCACCUCGGCCACUUCCCAACAACCAUGACACUCCUCCCCAGCACGCUCGUGGCCACACAAACAGCACCCGACAGAGACAAUGUCGACAUGGACGACAACAACGAGCCAAGAUCGGCGCCCCAGCAGAUCCUCCUCAGCACGCAGUCGGGUUCCCUGGGCCUCAUCACCCCGGUCGACGAGGCGAUGUACAGGCGUCUUGGGGCCUUGCAGGCAUUCCUGACUAGUGUCCUUGACCAUGCGUGUGGGCUGAACCCGAGGGCGCACAGGGCGAUUGAGAGCGAGGGCUAUGGCAGUAGAGGCAUCCUGGACGGCAGCAUCUUGAGGCGGUGGAACGAGGUUAGUAGCCAGAGGAAAGCGGAGGGGCUGGCGAAGAUGGGGGUAGAGGCGUGGGUUGUGCGGAGUGAUCUGGAGUUUGUGGGUGGAGGUGGGCUGGGGUACUUGUGA